AUGGCCGACCGCUACAUUCCCGAGCAUCGCCGCACCCAGUUCAAGGCGAAGAGCACCUUCAAGCCCGAGGAGCUACGCCGUCGCCGCGAGGAGCAGCAGGUCGAGAUCCGCAAGGCGAAGCGCGAAGAGAACCUGGCUAAGCGGCGCGGUAUUGGCAUCGGUGACAAUAGGCCCGGCGCGUCCCUCGGUGCUGCCCCCGACAGCGACGAUGAGAGCACCCCGACUGAGAACCAGCUUAGCGAGGAGCUCCCCCAGAUGGUUGCUGGCGUCUUCUCCGACUCGAUUGAGCUCCAGAUCCAGGCGACGACCAAGUUCCGGAAGUUGCUCAGCAAGGAGCGCAACCCGCCCAUCGAAGAGGUUAUUCGCACCGGUGUCGUGAGCCGCUUCGUCGAGUUCCUGCGCUCUCCCCAUACCCUCGUCCAGUUUGAGGCCGCUUGGGCCCUCACCAACAUCGCCUCUGGUUCUGCUUCGCAGACCCAGGCCGUCAUCGAGGCUGGUGCCGUCCCAAUCUUCGUCGAGCUGCUCAACAGCCCUGAGCCCGAUGUCCGUGAGCAGGCCGUCUGGGCCCUUGGCAACAUUGCCGGUGACAGCCCUCAGUGCAGAGACUAUGUCCUGAGCUGCGGUGCUCUGCCCCCUCUGCUGAACCUUCUGGGCGACAGCCGCAAGCUUAGCAUGCUCAGGAAUGCCACCUGGACUCUUAGCAACUUCUGCCGUGGCAAGAACCCGCAGCCUGACUGGGCAACCAUUUCCCCUGCCCUUCCUGUCCUUGCCAAGCUCAUCUAUUCUCUGGACGAUGAGGUGCUAAUUGAUGCCUGCUGGGCCAUCUCCUAUCUGUCGGACGGUUCCAAUGAUAAGAUCCAGGCUGUCAUUGAGGCUGGCAUUCCCCGCCGUCUGGUUGAGCUGCUCAUGCACGCUUCAACCUCUGUUCAGACCCCUGCGCUGCGCUCCGUUGGCAACAUCGUCACUGGCGAUGACGUCCAGACGCAGGUCAUCAUUAACGCCGGUGCCCUGCCUUGCCUGCUGCACCUUUUGAGCUCCAACAAGGACGGUAUCCGCAAGGAGGCCUGCUGGACCAUCUCUAACAUCACCGCCGGCAACUCUGCCCAGAUCCAAGCCGUCAUUGACGCCAACAUCAUCCCGCCCCUCAUCCAUCUCCUCCAGCACGGCGAUCUCAAAACCCGCAAGGAGGCUUGCUGGGCUAUUAGCAACGCCACCUCUGGUGGUCUUCAGAAGCCUGACCAGAUUCGCUAUCUGGUCUCUCAGGGCUGCAUUAAGCCACUCUGCGAUCUUCUUGCUUGCCCCGAUAACAAGAUUAUCCAGGUUGCUCUGGACGGUCUGGAGAACAUCCUUAAGGUCGGUGAGCUCGACAAGCAGGCUGCUGGCGAGGGCGCUAUCAACCGCUACGCCCUGUUCAUUGAGGAGUGCGGUGGCAUGGAGAAGAUCCACGACUGCCAGACCAACGCCAACGAGGAGAUCUACAUGAAGGCGUACAACAUCAUCGAGAAGUACUUCUCGGAUGAGGAGGAGAAUGCCGACGAGGCCAUGGGCCAGCCUCAGCAGUUUGGCUUUAACGCCAAUGGUGUCCAGCAGGGCAAUUUCAACUUCGGCGCUAAUGGCACCGAGUCGAUGGACAUGUAA